GGCCUGAGCGGGCACUUGCGUUUUUUCGGGAUUGAAUUUUUUCCCCGGUGGAUGUGUUUCCAUCUCGACGCCCCUCUCUGCCCCUCCCCCACUGAAUCCGGGUUUUUUUUUGUGAUUGCGAGCGGUUAGAAGCGAGAUCGUUUCCACAGGACGCCAGGUCCAGGUUAAUGUUUCUUCACAAGAGGCCCCCGAUUUGCUUCCAAAAUAGACCAUUUAAAGAGCCAUGCUGCCAGCCUACUGACCAUCCCAUCUGGCUUGGACAAGAGCAUUCACAAACCCCUGUUUGGCCCCCAGAAAACCAGAACAAAAUCCAUUAACUGUUGGAAAUCUGCCUACCUUCCUAUCAGCAAGGAAACUGCAACAAUGGACACGGAAUCCACAUACUCGGGAUAUUCCUACUAUUCGGGCCGCUCCAAGAGUUCUCACAGACAUGGUGAAAGGAAUCGGGACCGGCAAAAAUCCAGAAACAAAGAUGGCAGUCGGUCUGAGAAAUCUGUUACCAUCCAGACACCUCCAGCAGAGCCACUACUGGGCAAUGAGUCAACACGUGGAGAUGAGACUGUACAGGAUGAUAACUGGGGUGAAACCACAACAGCCAUCACAGGGACUUCAGAGCACAGUAUAUCACAAGAAGACAUUGCAAGGAUCACAAAGGAUGUGGAUGAUAGUGGGCUGGACUGCACUCGACAUUUAGGGAUAGCCAUCGCUGCUGUGCUUGGGAUACUGGUCUUUUUGUCUCCCAUUGCCUUUAUGGUGCUGCCUCAAGUACUGUGGCGGGAAAAGCUUGACCCAUGUGGUACUGUAUGUGAAGGGCUGUUCAUCUCUGUCGCCUUCAAGCUACUCAUCCUUCUCAUUGGAACCUGGGCACUCUUCUUCCGCAAACCAAAGGCACAGAUGCCACGGGUUUUUGUGUUCCGGGCACUCCUGAUGGUGCUGAUUUUUGUGUUUGUGGUUUCUUAUUGGCUAUUCUAUGGUGUACGCAUUCUGGAUUCAAGAGAUCCAAAUUAUCAGGGAAUUGUUCAGUAUGCAGUUUCACUGGUAGAUGCCCUCUUGUUUAUCCACUAUCUGGCAAUUGUGCUACUGGAAUUGCGUCAACUGCAGCCUAUGUUUACUGUGAAAGUCACUCGGUCAACUGAUGGAGAAUCCCAUUUUUACAGUGUGGGCCUACUGAGUAUCCAGCGGGCCGCACUUGUCAUACUGGAGAAUUACUACAAGGAUUUCACUGUCCAUAAUCCAGCACUCUUAACUGCUGCAAAGUCUCGUGCUGCCAAGCACAUGGCUGGACUGAAAGUCUACAACGUGGAUGGUCCAGGAAACAAUGCUGCUGGGCAAUCUCGUGCAAUGAUUGCCGCUGCAGCAAGGAGGCGCGAUUCAAGUCAUAAUGAACUGUACUAUGAGGAAGCAGAACAUGAUCGGAGAGUGAGGAAGCGACGUGCAAGGCUGGUGGUAGCAGUUGAAGAGGCUUUUACUCACAUCAGAAGACUUCAGGAUGACGAGCAACAGAAAGCUCCUGGAGAAGUGAUGGAUCCCUUGAAUGCUGCACAAUCCAUCUUCCCUUCGAUGGCAAGAGCAUUACAGAAAUAUCUACGUACUACAAGACAGCAGCACUACCACACCAUGGAGAGCAUCCUGCAGCAUCUGGCAUUUUGUGUUACCAACAACAUGACUCCAAAGGCCUUUUUGGAGCGUUACCUGAACCCUGGACCCACUCUCCAGUACGAUAAGAACAGAUGGUUGGCCAGUCAAUGGACAUUGAGUAGUGAAGAGGCGGUGACCAAUGGGCUAAAGGAUGGCUUGAUUUUCACACUGAAAUGUCUUGACUUCAGUCUGAUAGUGGUAGUGAAAAAAAUUCCUUUCAUCAAACUCUCUGAGGAGUUCAUCGACCCAAAAUCUCAUAAGUUUGUGUUGCGUCUUCAGUCUGAGACAUCAGUGUAAGCUGUUAAUGCCAAGGACACAUGGCAGAUCAGUCAGAUAAUCCAACUGCACUUUGGAUGGGGAAGGGUGUUUAUCUUUUGACCAUGUUUAGAUUUUUUUUCCUAAAUACAGGACACCUAUACUUUCCGGUAUAAAUCUUCAAGAAAAUGUGCUCCACCUAUCACGGGCUUGCCUAUUUUGCCCCGAUUGAUGAGAACUGUAUCAGCCUGCUUCCAGACACCAGCAUAAUAGCAGUGGACCUCUAGAAACCUGAACAUUUUCCACUUUGAGAAAAGUGCACUGUCUUUCCACUUGUUUCUAGAGAAACCUUUUUUUUUCAUAUAGACCAUCUCACCCUCUAGAGAAAGUACUUUGGAAAUCCUAAAUGUGUGUUUCUUGAGAUUUGGGCCUUUCUUUAAGAAGAUUGGUUACAAUAGCUGUUAAUGGCUAACUGUUCUGCAAAUGAAGAUGUAGAUAGAUUCCAUCUAUCGAGUCCUAGUGUUCUAGAGAACCAGCUUUUCCCAGAUAAUCUACUUGGAAAAUUUGGUUCGGGAAUGUAGACUUGCACAGUGUAAGCAUUGUUACAGAGUAGAUAGUGUUUUAUCCAAUACGUGGAGUUUUUGUAGAUGUUUUGCCUUAGGCAGGUAAUGUAAAGAUAGGGGAAAAAUUUCCAGACCCAUGAUCAACCCCACCCCCACUCUAAAAUAAAAAUUGGAAGUAAUUUCAGCUAAAUUGCUUUAAGAGGGCUUGAGAAGUGCUUGAGGAAGGAAACACUAAGACACAUUCAUCUGGGACACAAGAGCACACUUGUACAGCAAAGAACAAGCAUUAAUUUUGUCUUUUGUGUAUCUUUAAAUCAUGCACACUAAAAUCAGUGUCACAUAUUUCCAAAAUUAUGAGGCAUGUAAAAUACUCCAAAUUUAAUUUUGUUUUGUAUCCUGGAAUCUGCCCAGUUGGAACUGCAUUCUUUAACUGAGGACUCUUAAUCAUUUUCUUCACACUUUUACCUCUUGUAGUGCAAUGCAGAAUGUGCCCUGCUGGCUCACCUCUUGCCCACAAUGCACUGCACACCCACUUACGGAAUUUUUAUACAGAAAUGUUUGCUGUUGGAAUUCUGUUUGAGAAAUGAUUUACUUUUUACUUUUUUUUUAAAUGGUUGUGGCCUUUGAAUUUUCUAUUUUAUUUUUUAACAGAACUUUGUUUUUACCAAUUUUUAAAUUGACAUUUCUUGUGUAUAAAGAAUGUUUUAUCAGAUCAAGAGCAGAGUACAGUAUUUGGUCAAUGUGUAUAUCAGAUCGAGCCAAGCAACCAUCAUUUGUCAAAUUACUGUUUGUAACAGAAAAUGAUUUUGGAUUGUUUUUCCCAAAGUCAAAUAUCAUCUGACAAUGAAUUUACUAAUUGAUCUUACAGCAAGGCUUGAUUUGUGGUUUCAAUUUUAAUAUCCUUUUGAUUUUGCCCUGAAGUUAGUUUUUUAUUAGAAGACUUCACAUGUUGAUAGAUGGGAUGUGUCAAGAUAUCUUUCUGUCGUCUUGUUCAGUUUACUUUAAUGGUUUUAAUUGGCAAGCAAUGCAUAAUGGCAAUGGGUAGGGUAAAUCCUACUGGAGCGGUAGCCCAGCAGCUCAAAGUGCACUCCCUAGCUUGAAGAUAUCAGAGCUGCCUAUCAAUCGAAACGGUUCCUUUUAGUCGAUCUGUGUCAGCUUGCAGUUUGACUGUUGGAUGAAGUAUCACGUAAAAGCUUACUCCCUUAUGUUGGAAAUGAGAACUGACAGGAACCGAUUCAUACUUCUAUCAUGUAGUUAACAACAAAAUACUAUUCAGAGUGCCCUUGGUGCGCAUUUGAGUGUACCAGUACAUUGCUGCUUUUAUUCCAGUCAUGUCAAGUACAGUGAUGAAAGGACCUGAGCAAAUGAACUAUGGAGUUAAUUACUGUGAAUUUCUUGUCUGCGAUAUAUUAUUGGAUAACGUAUAUUUAAAAAGAAUAAAUUCGCCAGGGAGCUAGGCAUAUUGACAAUGAAACAGGAACUGGCUAAACAUAGAAUAGCAGGAAAGGACUUGCCACCUAGAUGUAGCCUUAAUAGGUUGCUGAAUAAGCUUUGGUUCUCUCUAAUAGAAAACAAUGACCAGAAGAACAUUUGGAUAGAAGUUCUUAACAUUCUUUAAAUACAGAAGUGGUAUAAUUAUUGCCUCCUGAGUAGCUGCUUUAAUACCAUGCAGAUGGAAAAUACUUUCCUUUAUGCAUAAUCUCUACUGUCACUACCUCAAACUUAAUGUACAUUCCUUUAAACAAUAACAUCAGAGAUGCAAGGAAACUAACAACUAAUGCUAGCUAAACAUUUAAUGCAAAAACUUUGGGUCCAAUUAUUUGAAUUAAACUUUACUUUUUCCCAUAUGCAUUUAAAGAGCAUAAGCUUUAGUAUUUAGAUUUGUGUGGUAAAAUGUCCCUUGUUUCUGCUGGAAGUAUUGAGGCAUGCAGGUCCCACUCUGAGCACUGUAAGUCCAGUGUGAUCCCUGAGGGAACAUGCCCAUAGUACAGUCUGUGAUGCCUGUGCCAUGUUUUUCCAUUUCGUUUCUGGUUUUGAUAUUCAUACACUACUCAUGGCUUCACCUCCUAAGAAUUCUAGGGUGUCACUUGCUCAGAAACCACUGUACCAUUGCCAAAGAUAGUCCUACUGCAUCCCACCCUUUGAAUUAAUGGUGAGGAGAAGUCAUAACCUGAUGACUUAUUUCAUUUCAAGGGAUCUUAUGAACAGAAUAUUCAAUGGAAGCACCCACUAAGAUUUCUUGACAGUUUAAGAGGAAGAUAUCUAUAGGAGUUUACAUCCUAUUUAAUCUUCCUUUGAAAGUAAAUGCCAAUUUUCCAUAGGAGCUUAUUGACAUUUCUGGAUAGUUGGGUGAGCUCACCAGGGUUUUUCAUUCUGUCAUAUGAAGCUAUUGCAAUUAGAUGAUGUUACAGUUCUCUAUUCUGUUUAUAAUCUGCAAGUGUCAGGAUGUUUUAACCCUGUGUGAAUGGCCUUGAUGAACAGGGACAUCACCACAAAUGUUCAUUUAUAUUAUGCAACUUGAUUCCAUUAUGGUCUCAAUAUGAAUGUAAAAUGUAUCAAGUACAGUUGUCACUGUAAAGCAAAAAAGAAUUGUUGGCCACCGUUUUUGGCAGCCAAAGUCAUUGCUGUAAGAUUGAUUGGUAACUCACUUGAGAUUUCUAGUCUUGUGAAAGUGUUAUUGAAUUGUCACUGUGUAACUACUGUUCACACCUAAUUUUAUACAAGAACUGAUUUUUACACAAUUUCUAUUGUAUAUCCAAGGACUAUAACUACAAGCUUCUGCACCUUGUACUGGAACAGAAUUUGUGGAUUUUAGGGACAAUAUUUGGAAUUACAGAAUUUUUAAUCCAAUUGAAUAGGUGCAUGAUAGACACUAACAAUUGUGUGUGUAUUUAGCCUUAGUAAUUUAUUUCUUUUUGGAAUCAUUCUCUAAAUUUUACAUUUUUGUAACAAAUUGCAAAAUGUUUUUUCCACACCAGGUUUUGUACAUGGAGUCUCCUGAAAAUAAAGAGGAAAGCUGGA